AAAAAAUAAAUUCACCAGGACACUGGCAAACUGAAGGGGAAAAAAACACAACACAGUGUGUUGGCGGAGAAACGUUCCAGGCUGAGUCUGUGUGUUCAGCACCAUGCGUGUUCUUUGGAGUUUUGUUGCUGUGGUUUUAGCAGCAGGUGGUUUCUGGGAUUUAUUUUCGCAUUAUAAUGAUAACAGCCCUUUUCUCAAUAUUUGAUUUAACUUUUCUCAUCAAUGACUGAAGGCCUUAAUACGAAAUUUAAAAUGCUAAAGUUGUACAAUUAUAUUUUACACGCGUUUAUGUUUCUCAAUUUGUUUAGAUGCUUAAAUAAUAUGAUGUGUUUACCAAUCCGUCACAUAUGAGAUAUUUAUUGUGUUCCCUUUUUUCUUUCCGUGUAACUUUUCUUACAACAUCCAUCAUCUUCUUUAAUUUUAACCCUUUUGUCUUCGCCUUCAUAUUUUCCUUCUUACUACUUAAAAAUAUAUAUCCGCAUUCCUGAAAUGAUGUCAUCACCCAAUACGUGACUUCACAACGUGUUUCUUGUGUGUACGUUCAGCUCCCAUGUUUGCCGCAUCUGUCGGCGACACGGCACAAACAAACAAUGCGAUAGUGGGUAACAAUGAGGCACGUGAAAAGCUGGCCAGGAGAAAGUCAGACGGGGUCGCCAAGAGAAAAGACUGUAAAAAAGCGUUUGAAAAAUGCGUGAAGCACCACAUGGAUUACUUCGAAAAUUUCCAAAAACAUUACCUGACCGGACGUACUGUCCGGAUAAGCGACGAAGGACUUGACGGCAUGUGCAGGUGAGUUGGAGGGGGAGGGGGGGUGUUCUGAAUAAGAUGGGUUGGGGUGAAUAUACGGUAAAUUUAAUCAACAUGCCAACCUACAUUUAAAAGAAACAAUGUUUUUUUUGGUUGAAAAACUUUAAUUUUUGUUUAAGAAGCAAACAAAAAUGACGCUAUAAAGCGUGUUUGUGCUAUUUUGUUUGUUUGGUAGCUUUUCUCUUCUUCUUCCUCUUAUAUAUAUAUUAAGGGCCCACGAUCAAUUUAUUGAUCAUCUCGGCUCCUAUGUAUGUAGAGGGAAUUUGCAAGACUUUUCAAUACCAUGCGUCCGGGUUUCCUCUGCCUUUGUCUUAAGAACAAAGGGGGCCCCUGGCACAGCAAUGGACUGGGCCUCCUGCAACACAACACACCAGGUCUUGAGAAGGGGGGCCCUGGCACAGCAAUGCACUGGGCCUCCUGCAACACAACACACCAGGGUCGUGAGAAGGGGGGCCUGGCACAGCAAUGCACUGGGCCUCCUGUAACACAACACACCAGGGUCGUGAGAAGGGGGGGCCUGGCACAGCAAUGCACUGGGCCUCCUGCAACACAACACACCAGGGUCGUGAGAAGGGGGGGGCCUGGCACAGCAAUGCACUGCGCCUCCUGCAACACAACACACCAGGAUCGUGAGAAGGGGAGCCCUGGCACAGCAAUGCACAGGACCUCCUGCAACACAGCACACCAGGAGCAUGAGAAGAGAGUGAGAAGGGGGGGGCCUGGCACAGCAAUGCACUGGGCCUCCUGCAACACAACACACCAGGGUCGUGAGAAGGGGGGCCCUGGCACAGCAAUGCACUGGGCCUCCUGCAACACAGCACACCAGGGGCAUGAGAAGGGGGGAAGGGGGCACUCACCCCAUGCUCAAACAGUGGGGUGGGGGCCGCAAACAGUUGUUGCUCCCAACCCAACUCAUCAAGAGAAAUAACAUUGUAAAAUAAGAAUAAACAUUCAAUAAAGUUAAAAAUAGGUUAAGUUAACUUGUUGAUACAAAAACAAAAUCAUUCCAAUUCAAUAAUAGUUUUAAAACAUUAUCAGACAUUCAUUACAAUUCAUCGCAGAUGAUGAUAAAUUAUCAGGUUCUCCAUUUUCUUACUUAGUCCUUCUGCCGACAUUUUUCUUUUCUUUUCCUGGUCAGUGUCAGCUGAUACAGAGUCUAGAGCAUCUUGUAUUUUUUCGAAACUUUAACGGCAUGAAAAUGUGCCGACCAUCUUGUGUCAGCCAGAUGCUUUACGACAGUGAGAGAUUUUCCUAAGGAAUAUACCAGAACAUUCCAUCGAUGUGUAGAAGCUGAUGAAAAGGGUAUAUUGGCGCUGAACAUGUCAAAGAAUUUUUCAAACUGUAGGCAACACUCUGCUGCUUUUAAGCCCACUAAGUUCAGGCUGUGUCCAGCACAAGGGACAUACACGGCAAACUCGUUCAGUAUCCGUGUUUGCAAUCCAGUGUAGCGUCCAGAAAAAUUUAAGGCUUCGUCAUACGAUUGACCACUGCAAGUUAAAAGUGGAAUUUUUUUCUCAUUCAGAAAAUCCAAAGCAUUGUCUGUUAGAUUCUUUGAUACAAAACAGUCUCUGUUAGAUCCUUUGAUACACAACAGUGUCUGUUAGAUCCUUUGAUACACAACAGUCUCUGCUAGAUCCUUUGAUACACAACCGUCUCUGUUAGAUCCUUAGCUCCAUGGGGAAAUAUGGAAAUUAAUUUGAUAAAAUGUUCCACAGACUUACAUCCUCGAAUGUACAGGACCGUAAAUGUCAGUUGAUCAAUGUGUGAAAUGUCUGAAGUUGAAUCUACACUUACUGCAUAAUACUUUGACUAGUUUUUAACACAGGAUCUAAACACGUAGAUUCUUUGAGUCGAAGCAAAUCUGCAGUAACAUCCUUGCGAUGCUCUACUCCAUUUUCUUGUUCUACAAUAAGAUUGUUACGUUUCCAGUCAUUGAAUCCUGAUAUAGCAAAGGGAGAUGAUUUCUUGGACAAUAGACGACACGCAAAACAAUACAAACCACCUUGGUAUAUGGUGAAUAGAGAAGCCAUUCGCGUUUUACGCACUCACCAUUCCGCAGUUCACGUUUGAACAUAUUUCUUGAUAAAUACCUUGUCUUAGUUCUUUCUUCUCCAGCUCUGCCUGAGUUUGAAAGUUUGCAGUCAUGAAUCGGUCACAAUAAUGGCCCACCGCGAAUCCAGCACUCAACUGUACAAGUGUUCUUGAUAUUCCAGAGCCCGGGUUCUGUGUCGCGAAUCACACACUCUCGUUUCCUGACACAGUUUUGUGUGUUUCAGUUUUUACAAUUUCCCAAGAAGAGGAAUUAAGUAAUGCUAUUGUCUGGAACUAGAUGGCUGGUUCCAAUAGAGGAUUUAGAUGACCUUACGUUAUUUGAGGAGCGGUACUAGUACUGAUAUUUCUAUUGAUUUAACCAAGAUGUUAAUUAUGCAAGUCUACCCAUUUUCCUUGUCUCCUCAGCUCUUUUUCUCUUCUGUGCUCCAAUUAUAAAACUAGUUUUUUAUUCCCGCUUAAGAGGUUAAACAACUAGAAAUAGAUUCAUUCAGCCCCGUUCUUCGAUCCCCGGUUUUUUUUUGUUUUAAACUGGCACUGCAGCCGUCUGUGUCAUUCACGUAACCUUAUCCUGAAAUUUAUCAUUCUGAGUUGAAUUCGGAGGCAGGGGAAAGGAAACAGCAGGGGGGACUUUGGGUGAUAUUUUCUCCUCAGCUCGAGGGAGCUCCACCCCCGAAGCCCCCUUCCGGGGCCCCCAACCUACGCUCCAAGCUUAGGGCCCCCAAACUCCUAAGAACGGCUCUGAUUCAUUGGUUACAAGUAUUUCUAAAGUAAUAGCAGCAAUCCGUUUAAAAGAUACAGUUAAUAAUUUUUUUUUAACGGAUUUGUCAGUCCCUUCAAACUGACUCGUGCCAAGCUAAAAACGAACACCGGGAAAUGAUCAAUAGCCAUGGUGCCAUUAAUAAAAUCGAUCUCUGUGUUUGAGCUACUCGGUAUGUAAGAUGAACAUGACUUUGAGCUUUAAACGGUCAGCACAAUUAUAUCUAAAUGCCUAUCUAUUUCUGCUUACAGCUCAGACAUACGGUGACUGUUGGGUUCUAUUUAUAAUAUAUACAUUUGUUUUUCAAGCACAGAAUACAAAAUAUUUUUCUGUUUAAAAAAUAAAAAGUUAUUUACUGAUUUUUUUUUGUUUUUUUUUUUUAUUCUUAAAAAAAUUAAUUUACUUUUAAAAAGAAUUAUUCAUUGGAGACCUACAAAUUCCAUAAAUAUUGCUAAUUGAUUUCAGUAUGACUUUAACUGGUGCUAGGUUAGACUUUUCUCCACUAAUUUCAAUACUGAGCUGUGGCGUAUCUAGGGUUAUUAGCGCCCGUUGCCAACAUAUAUGAUUGUAAAUAAAUACUUUUAUUUUAUUAUUUUUCGAUUCAUAUCUGGUGAGAAGAAAAACUUGUUGACGAGAGUUAUUCCCCUUUAAAAGUUUAAAAAGUAUCCAACUUGGUAUUCGCAUUUAUAAUAUUAAUUUUGGAACGUGCCGAUUAUAUUGUCAGUUAAAAUUUGGAAACGUGCUGUCCACAAAUUUGAUUUAAUUGCCAAAAAUUUUCAAUAUUCAUUCAUGAACACUAUUUGCAACAUGAUGCCUCUAUAAGAGUGAGUCUCCUAGAAGCAAGGGGCCCCCUAGAAGUGCGGGGCCUGGGGACAGUACCCACCGGGCCCAUGCCUUAAGACGGCACUGUUCUUCGGACUUGUCCGCUUUUUAGGCCCAGGGCUGGGCGACCAGGUGGAUUUCCAUAAAUAUUGCUUUUGUCCGGGUUUUCCCCUUGUCAAUGUAUUUUUAGAGUUAAAUUUUAAAAAAAAAAUUGAUUUAAAAGGUGCCCAAAAGUGUUUAUUUACAGAGGCCCAGAAACACCAGCUUUUCGUGCCGGUCGUUAUGACCGGGACGCUCAAUUUUUUACAUGCGGGCAGAGGAACUUAUAGUCUUAGUGAUAUCUCCGUUGUCAAUAACAUAGUUUACAAUGAUACAAGUUGGGAUUUAAAGGCGCACGUCGAGACACAGAGGAAUGUUAAGAUUAUGCUUCUUCCAUUUGUAACUAGCGGUCAUUUCAAUGUUGCCAUAAAUGCUUCCACAGAAACAAGAUGUCAUUUCACGCCUGUGUUGACCAGCUGUGGUGGACAUGCGGUAAAGAUAUUCACUGGGGUGAAGAGAGGUCAAACUACUACACGUCCCUUUUAGACUUUAUCUGUCAAGGUCAAGGUCGUGAAGGUCAUGCCAAUUUUUUUUAAAGUCUUCUUUAAAAGUGUUGUUUAAGUAAAUACGGUAGAUGUGAAUAUUUCCCAUUCAAAUAAAUAGAUGACGAGUUUUUACAUAUUUUUUUUAAAAUUUAAUUUUGGAAGUAAAGAUCCGAUAACAUCUAUCAUGUUACUCACUCCAUGUCAUGGCACCCUCUCCGUGUCAUGUCAUCCACUCUGUGUCAUGUUACUCAGUCCACAUCAUGUCGCCCACUCCGUGUCAUGUCACCCACUCCAUAUCAAUGUCAAGACUACAUAGUCACCCAGGGCCUAGGGGAAGGUUAAAAAAAGACAUUACUUUGUAUCGUAAAGAAAAUAAACAACCACGUAAGAAGCAAAAAGAAUACGAAAUAACGAUUAUUAAAUUGUAACCGAUAAACAUCUUAAUUGUAACCGAAUAAACAUUUUAGUUGUAAUCAAUAAACAUUUUAACUUUCAAUGUCGUACCAGUGGCGCCUCCAGGGUAUGUGUCACCGGAGUGGGUCAAAACUUCCUGUGGGCCGUCAUUUAAUUUAAUCCCAUUUGUUGAUUUCUUCCAUGUUUCAACGUGCAGCGUUCCUGCUCCUGGACGGAAUGUCGUGCAAUACAAAGCUCAACAUUGGACGCUACACGGUGGAUUGCCAGAAGACGUCACUAAUUCGAUACCACACGGCAAAGAAGGGAAGGGUGAACCAUCUACCACAGUACGGAGGGAGUUUAUUGUGUCGGUAAGUGGGGGGGGGGGGUCCUUAUUGAAAUCCCGCGCCCCCCUUUUUUUCCCGCCAUUUUCACGGACCUCAUAAUCAAUAUCAAAAUACGACAAACCUAUAAUUUUUACUGAAUGUUACUACAAACCUGGGGCCCUUUCAUUUUUACUGAAUGUUACUACAAACUUGGGCCCUUUCAUUUUUACUGAAUACUAAUACAAACCUGGGGCCCUUUUAUUUUUACUGAAUGUUACUAAAAACCUGGGGCCCCUUUUAUUUUUACUGAAUGUUACUACAAACCUGUGGCCCUUUCAUUUUUACUGAAUGUUACUACAAACCUGUGGCCCUUUCAUUUUUACUGAAUGUUACUACAAACCUGGCCCCUUUCACUUUUACUGAAUGUUACUACAAACCUGGGGCCCUUUCAUUUUUACUGAAUGUUACUACAAACCUGGGGCCCUUUCAUUUUAAUGAUUCCUGUAUAUGUUACUUCGAAUCUGGGGCCCCUUUAAUUUUAAUUGACCUCUGUAAAUAUAUAAAUAUGAACCUGUAAAGUUAUUAGUCAUUACGUGGCCACUGUAAGGACUUAACCAUACUUUGCUACUUUCAGACACGUCCAACAGUACUUUGCUACUUUCAGACAGUACAACAGUACGUUGCUACUUUCAGACACGUACAACAUUACUUUGCUACUUUCAGAUAUGUACAACCGUACUUUGCUAAUUUCAGACAUGUUCAAAAGUACUUUGCUAAUUUCAGACAUGUACAACCGCACUUUGCUAAUUUCAGACAUGUACAACCGUACUUUGCUAAUUUCAGACAUGUACAACAGUACUUUGCUAAUUUCAGACAUGUACAAUCGUACUUUGCUAAUUUCAGACAUGUACAACAGUACUUUGCUACUUUCAGACACGUACAACCGUACUUUUCUACUUUCAGACACGUACAAGAGUACAGAUCCUGCCAUCGACGAGCGCUUGAGAAGUCUUGUGGAAAUCAUCUCGCCGACUUCAUAUAUCAGCUUGACAAUUUGAUAAACAAGGAUCGAUACGCUCACGAGAUGAAAUUGUAUCGAUGCUAAACAUAAAAUGGAUUACCAUGACGACUAUCAUGACGAUUACCAUGCCGAUUACCAUGACGAUUACCACGGUUUUACUACCUGAAAAUGUUUUGUUAUCUCAGCAAAGAAUUCCCCAAAAUCUUUUUGGGUAAUAAUUAUGACGUCACUGUAAAGACGAAGUUAGCGCCAGCAUUUAUUCGAUAUUCCAUAUCAAU